CAAAACAACAAAUUGUGCAUGAAAAUAAAGUUGAUUAUUUUAAUUUUUGAAAGGCUGGUAUAGUCGUAGUGUGCACGGUUACUCUUUGCUAGAAGGCUGGGCUCAUGUUGGACAUGCGCAAACUUUCGGUCUUCCUACGCUAGGUAGAUGAUUUUAAUAGAUAGUGCGAGGAGUGAAAUAAGUAAACCGUGUACGCAAAAAUUGGUUAUGUCUUAAACACACGUGUAUCUUUUAACCCCAUCGUUUAAAAACCAUGGUACUUCGAAUAUGGGACGUUUUAGUUUUAAGCAGCAUAAUUUUGUGUUAUUUAGUGAGUUGUUCCAGUGGCACUAAAGAUUUUACAGGCGAUCAGGAUGCAACCUGUCCGCCCACACAGUUUAAAUGUGAAAAUAAUAUGCAAUGCAUCCCCCUAUUAUUUAUCUGUGAUGGUGAAAACGAUUGUGAGGACGGAUCGGAUGAAAACUUAGAAAAAUGCCCAAAAAAUGUCACCUGCGCCAAAAAUGAGUUUAAAUGCGCAACGGGGCGGUGUAUACCGGGCCACUGGCAAUGUGAUAAUGAUAAAGACUGCAGCGACGGGAGCGAUGAGGAGGAGACAAUUUGUCAAAAGAAGGUUUGCGGAGUGGACGAGUUUACAUGUAGAUCUGCGCCGGGCGAAUGCGUACCAUUGACGUGGAUGUGUGAUGAUAACGCCGAUUGCUCGGACGGUAGCGAUGAAAAAGCUUGCAAUGAAACUUGUAGAUCUGACGAAUUCACCUGCAAGAAUGGUAAAUGCAUACAGAAGCGCUGGGCUUGCGAUUUGGAUAACGACUGCGGAGACGGAUCGGAUGAGGCUAACUGCCCGUCCGUAACGUGUACAGAGAACGAGUUCCAGUGUAACGAGAAAUUCUGCAUUUCUAAUAAGUGGCGAUGCGAUUCGGAGUACGACUGCAUUGAUGGAAGAGACGAGCAGGGUUGUCCUAAAACGCCCGUCACCGUAAAUCUUUGCCUUCCUCAGGAGUACGAAUGCGCCGACCGUUUAACGUGCAUCCACAAAGAGUGGCUUUGCGACGGAACGAAGGAUUGCCCGGAUGGUUCCGACGAGGCCCCCGAGAAUUGCGUCAACAAGUCCUGCAGAGCCGAUCAGUUUCAGUGCAAAGAUCGCACGUGCAUCCCGGGCUAUUUGCACUGCAACGAUAAGGCCGAGUGCUUCGAUGGUUCCGACGAGCUGAAUUGCGGCACCCCGAUACCGAAGUGCGAUCGCAAGACGCAGUUCGAUUGCGGCGGCGGCAUAUGCAUUCCGUUUUCGCAGGUCUGCGACGGCAGACAGCAUUGCCCGCGUUGGGAGGACGAGCCCAAGGACAAGUGCGGCGUGAACGAGUGCAACGAGAACAACGGGGGCUGUUCGCAGAGGUGCGUCGACACGCCGGCCUCGUUCUACUGCGACUGCAAUCACGGCUACAAGCUCGUCGACAACAAAACCUGCAAGGAUAUCAACGAGUGCGAGAUCCCCGGCAGCUGCUCGCAGCAGUGCGUCAACGAUAAAGGCGGGUUUAAAUGCGAAUGCGAGCGCGGUUACCAGCGCGAUCCGAGAGACUUGACGAAAUGCAAGGCGAUCGAAGGGCAUGCUUCGCUAUUGUUUGCGCGCAGGAGAGAUAUCAGGAAGAUUUCGCUGGACCAUCACGAGAUGACUAGUAUCGUGAACGAGACCAAUUCCGCCACCGCGUUGGAUUUCGUUUUUCGUACCGGAAUGAUUUUCUGGAGCGAUGUUACGGACAAGAAGAUCUACAAAGCGCCCAUCGAUGAGGGUAACGAUAGGAAGGUCGUUAUUACAGAUGAUAUAACCACCUCCGACGGUUUGGCCGUGGAUUGGAUUUACAACCACAUAUACUGGACGGACACCGGGAAAAACACCAUCGAAUUGGCCAAUUUUGACGGGAAAAUGCGCAAAGUCCUCAUCAAAGACGAGCUCGAAGAACCCAGAGCCAUCGCUUUGAAUCCGACCGAGGGUUGGAUGUUUUGGACCGACUGGGGAAGCGAACCCAAAAUCGAGAGGUCCGGCAUGGACGGCUCUCACAGACAAACCAUAGUCAGCUACGACGUCAAAUGGCCGAACGGCUUGACCUUGGACAUCGUCAAAAAGAAGGUCUACUGGGUGGACGCCAAGCUCAACGUCAUCUCCGCUUGCGAUUACGACGGCAGGAACAGGCGCGUCAUUUUAUUCUCACCCGAUUCCCUGAGACAUCCGUUUUCCAUCACAACCUUCGAGGAUUGGGUCUACUGGACCGACUGGGACAAAGCGGCAGUUUUCAAAGCGAACAAGUUUACCGGAAAAGACGUCUCUGCUGUCACAGCUACUGAAAUGAUUCAAAAUCCAAUGGUGAUUCACGUUUAUCACCCCUACCGUCAACCGGAUGGCGAAAAUCAUUGUCAAGCAGUAAAUGGACAUUGUUCCCAUUUGUGUCUACCCGCGCCCCAAAUCAACCCUCAGUCGCCUAAGAUUUCAUGUGCGUGCCCUGAGACUUUAAGAAUGCUACCAAAUGGUCUCACUUGCGUACAAGAUGAAAAUAUUACCACUACAACACCAAUAUCAGUAACAUAUACUGAUUAUACCACUGCGCAAACAGAGUAUAUUACAGAGAGCACUACAAAUAAAAGUCACACUACAAGUAUUAUAUCGGACGCGUCUGACCACGGAAUGAUAGCUGGCAUAUCCAUUCUAAUUUUCUUGCUUUUGGCGUGCAUUAUUGGAGGAGGAUUGUACUUGUUGUAUCGACACUAUAACCACCGUAACAUAACCUCGAUGAACUUCGACAAUCCGGUUUAUAGAAAGACGACGGAAGAUCAGUUUUCGCUGGAGAAAAACCAAUUUCAGACGCCAAGGCCGUAUUUAAGUACAGUGGGAGAGGAGGCUCAACAGCCAUUGACUAGUGCCAAUCUCAGUGAACCUGUUUAAAAAAAGUGAUUUUAAUUUUAGUUGCUCAAUGAAAAUAAAUUUUAAGACUCUAUGUAUGAUUAAGUAAAAAGCCAUUCUUUUUAAAACUCAUUCAGCUCUCAAGAUCAAAGUGUUUUUUCAAUUAAACAGUGGGACUGAUGUUUUAGGUUAAUUUAUUGAGGUGUUUUUAAUCGAUUUUUGUUUGUCUCUUUAAUUGAGUUACCUCGAUGAGAUUUGCCAUAUUAUGUACAUAACAUAAUAAUGACUUUUAUACAAAUUUGGUAAAAAUGCUUUUUAGUUCAAACAAUUUAAAUUUUGACUUGGAUUAGUUGGUUAAUAGAAUUUUUUAUGUUAAUAAGGAAUAAGGAUUAAAGUAUUAAACAUAUUUAAUUUGAUAUUUUAAAUGUAGAUAAGUAAAAAAAGAAUGGUGAAAAUGUCCAAAGAUAUGUUAGUUGUAUAAUUAUAAAAUUUUUAUGUAGACAUAAUUUCUCAAUGUUGCUAAUACAGCGUAGUUUCAAAACGUUCCAAUGUUUUUAAUCUAUCCUGUAUAAAUUUGUACCUUUAAUAUGUUAUUUAUAUUGAAUUUUGUUCCUCAUGUAUAUACCGAAUUUUUAGAAUUGUUUAAUACUCUCUUAUGAGGUAGGCACAUCACAAUGUUAUUUAAUAAAAUCUUAAAUGCUACAAUCAAAAUUGAACUGUAUAUUUUGCUAAGAAACCUAAGUUUUAAUACAACUUUAAAAUUCUGUGAUUAAUUUAUUUAUCUAAUGAAUGUAAG